UGUCGUUUAGGGCCCUGGAUGGUAGUGAGGGAGGAGGUGCAGUGCUUGUUCCGCUUGCAAAGAUGAGUGCCGGGAGGGACGAAUGCACGGGGCAGUCGCGGAGGGAGCGAUCCCCGCGGGGUAACUCCCGUUGGAGAUGCCGAGGCCGGGAGGGACGAAUGCACGGGGCAGUCGCGGAGGGAGCGAUCCCCGCGGGGUAAUUCCCGUUGGAGAUGCCGAGGCCGGGAGGGACGAAUGCACGGGGCAGUCGCGGAGGGAGCGAUCCCCGCGGGGUAACUCCCGUUGGAGAUGCCGAGGCCGGGAGGGACGAAUGCACGGGGCAGUCGCGGAGGGAGCGAUCCCCGCGGGGUAACUCCCGUUGGAGAUGCCGAGGCCGGGAGGGACGAAUGCACGGGGCAGUCGCGGAGGGAGCGAUCCCCGCGGGGUAACUCCCGUUGGAGAUGCCGAGGCCGGGAGGGACGAAUGCACGGGGCAGUCGCGGAGGGAGCGAUCCCCGCGGGGUAACUCCCGUUGGAGAUGCCGAGGCCGGGAGGGACGAAUGCACGGGGCAGUCGCGGAGGGAGCGAUCCCCGCGGGGUAAUUCCCGUUGGAGAUGCCGAGGCCGGGAGGGACGAAUGCACGGGGCAGUCGCGGAGGGAGCGAUCCCCGCGGGGUAACUCCCGUUGGAGAUGCCGAGGCCGGGAGGGACGAAUGCACGGGGCAGUCGCGGAGGGAGCGAUCCCCGCGGGGUAAUUCCCGUUGGAGAUGCCGAGGCCGGGAGGGACGAAUGCACGGGGCAGUCGCGGAGGGAGCGAUCCCCGCGGGGUAACUCCCGUUGGAGAUGCCGAGGCCGGGAGGGACGAAUGCACGGGGCAGUCGCGGAGGGAGCGAUCCCCGCGGGGUAACUCCCGUUGGAGAUGCCGAGGCCGGGAGGGACGAAUGCACGGGGCAGUCGCGGAGGGAGCGAUCCCCGCGGGGUAACUCCCGUUGGAGAUGCCGAGGCCGGGAGGGACGAAUGCACGGGGCAGUCGCGGAGGGAGCGAUCCCCGCGGGGUAACUCCCGUUGGAGAUGCCGAGGCCGGGAGGGACGAAUGCACGGGGCAGUCGCGGAGGGAGCGAUCCCCGCGGGGCUGCAGCGCUGAUUGGCUGGUGGGGUGGAGGCGGGCGGUCGUUGCCGGCAUGUCGGGACAGGUCGGGCCCAUGGAGACGACCCGGGACGCCCGCCGGCCCGGUGGGGCUCGGCUCCGCAGCCUGGUGCUGGAGUACAGCUGCCGGCACCGCCUGGAGCCGCUGACGCGGGUUUGUCUGCGGGGGUGGGAUGCCAGCCUCACUGAGAGUGGACCUCUGUCACUUCGAAUCGCCUGCGCUGCAUUGUGGAGCACUGUCACAAGACGCUGUACAGAACACUACGGGAGGGUGGUGGACUUUGUGAACAUCGUCUGGCAACAGGCUUCAUACCUCAUCAGUUAUCGUCACUACCUCAAGCUCUGCAUCGCUUUCAAAGCCAAGAUGGUGAUGGAGAUGUUUGUAAAGCAAAGGAGCUUAUUGGACAUCCUGCAAACGCUGGACAAAUUCUUCCCCGAGCUGCUCCCAGCUGACCCCAGAGCGAGCACAAGUGACAUUCAGAAGGAGCGACAGUGUCGGUUGCAGUUCCGGAAACUGGUCCUGCUGUUGAUCCGAGACAGGGAUUUCCAGGAGUGGUUCCUGCGGGAUGAGCUGGAGGAUGCGUACGGCACCUCGUUCAUGGUGGCGGCUCAGAACCUGCUGAGGGAGUUCUUGGAGAGGCUUGAGAAUGCCCUGCUGCCUCCCCGGCUCGAUCAGCUCCUUGCCUCGUGUGUGGACCGAGGCAGCCUUUCCCCGCGGGAGCAGUCUCUCGUGUGUCUGCUUACUGAUCCUGGUGCAUCCAUUCCGGACGUUCUCCUGCAGCAGCCAUGGAUCUGGGAGAAGAGCGAUGGCGGUCAGGACAGUGGUGAUUUGGCAUCAGGAGCCUCUGGAAGCAGCACCGGGGAAGAGUGUGGGCUGAGAUGUGGACACCAUCCUGGCACAGAGCCAGUGACAGCAAACACUCAGGAGGGCGAAGACAGUGUGUCAUCGAGGGAGCAGGCAUCGGAGGAGGAGCAGACAGUGUCUGAGGCAUCCACAAAACCCUCUCCUACAGGGCAUCUAUUCAGCAGGGGAUUGAUGGAGAGAGAUGGUGGCGGAGAGAACUGUGGCAGAAGACUGCAGCCCAUUGUCUUUUCUGCCUUACACUUUGACCAGUUGUCUGACGAGGAGGUGGGUGUGUUCCCCUCGUUGACCCAGUCCCCCCCUGAUCCCCUGCAGUCUCAGCAAAGAGAGUGCCCAGCCACAGCCUGCCCUCUGCCCCAGGACAGUGGUGCCGAAGCAGGAACCACAGAACGGACCCACCAGUGUCCACGAUCACCAAACCAGGGGCUGGAAAUCGAGUUGCUGGCCACAGCUCCCCUCUCACCAGAGGUCCAGGGCAGGCUCCUGCAGUGUUCACAGUUCCAGCCCAGGGUUCUGCUCUUCCGACUGAGCUCUGGGCAGAAGGGGCAGCCCGCAGCCGCCGGGAGCCACUGGCGACAGCGAGAGCGUCCCGUGGUCAGUGGGAACCACCAUCAGCUGGGCGAGGUAGCCCCCACCCCUCCCUGGCACUGGAACCUGCGAAAGAGGCCCCGGCAGUGCCAGGCAGAUAGUGCCAGCUGGACUGUGAGCAAACGGAUGGCAAUGGCUCAGGGCAGCCCGGACGAGAGGCUGCUCUCAUCCAGUGAGGAGUCUUCACUGUCUGACACCAGUGACGACGAGUAUUUCCCCUUCUGUAGCCAGCUGACUCCCUCUGGCCACUGGGUUACCUACCCUGCCAGGAAUGAGAUGGGACAGUUCAUAGCAUACAAGCCCAACGGAAUUAUCUGACUCCUAGACGUGCUGAGCUCUGAAUGCAUGCAGUGUUAGCAGGAACCGAGGGCUCCUAGUGUUUGACUGCAGACACAUCUAGGUGAACUGAGCCUGUAGAGUUGUGAAGGAGGCCACUUUCUGCCCGUCUGGCCAAGAUGGAUAUUGCCUUCCUUACUUCCCCACUUCCUGGUCCUUUCAGCUACUCAGUGCUCAUCCAAGAAUUGGUGGAGGUUCUGUCCACUGUCCAACUUGCAGCUUCCGGAGACUCCUGCUGUUUACUUUAUCCAGGACAUUCAUGAGGUACCUCAGUCUCCCCUUGGCUAAUCUCAUCUACACAGGGAUGGUUGCGGCAGGCAACUAUAAUUCACAACACCCUCUCGGUGGUGACCUGUCCUACUGUCAUUGUUUCACUGGGAUCAUCCAUAUUCUGCACAGUUGUACCCUGCAUUCCAAAAUAUCAGUCAAAGAAUGAAUUGUUUUGUGAUUUUUGCAAGGAAGUGAGCGGUCUGUCUGUGGCACGGGUGUGUACCUUUGGAGAUGACGUGAUGCUGUUAGUUAGGUGGGAUGUGAAGAAACUCUCUCAAAGGAUUGCAGCAGCCAGACUCUCUCAACAGAAGCUUGAAGCUCAAUACUGACCUGGCUAAUUCAAAUACACAAGGUCACAUGAAAUCUCUGCCACCCUCCUAUUCUACCCUCUGCUUCCUACACAGCUCCCAGGCCACCCAACAUAACUUCAGGGAACUUGUCUGUGCAGUGAGGAAAUUGGGGAUUCUGUUGAAGACCCUUGAGUCCAUAUCCUCUGUGUUCUUGUUUUUCAUCUUGAACAACUAUCUUUCUAGUAAUGGGAACCCUGCCAAAUCUGUCCUUCUGUUCGCUCAUCCUUUCCGUUCAAACACUUGGGUCCUCAUUUUCUGGCUUGAAGCAAUGACUUUCUCCCUGCACUGACACCGUCCAACCUGCUGGGAGCCUCCCAUCUUCUCAGGUUUGGUUUUGUUCCGGCAUACAAAUGGGUGAGUUGGGGAGCUGUUAGCUGCCGUGGAGAUGGGCUGUGCUGUCAUUGAACAACCUGCUGCUCUAGUCGAUGCCCUCUCCUUGCAAUGUUUUGCAAAGGUCACACCCCACAGUGUGUUAGUUUUAUUAACUCCUCAAAUCCUCCUCCUCCCCCCCGGGACCUGGUCAGCUGUGGACUAGCUUCCUGUUCUGUCCAGGUGCCCUGCAUUGCCUCUUUCCAGACCUCUCCUCCAACACAAAUGCAGUGAGCAAGGGUUUUAUUAAACCAUGAAAGUGGUUUGGCUGAGAAUAGUGAGAUGGCCUCUACUGGUGCUGAGAGGUGAGGGUGCUGGAAUGUACACUGUGAGAUUUUAGUAAGAUGUCUGUUUGUUCCAUAUUAUUAAGGCUCCCUGGGCUGAAAGACAAGUAGUACUGAAGUACUGUCUUGUGAUGGAGGCAGAAUUUGUCACAAAUGGAACCAGUCUUUGUUUUAUUUGCAAUGUACUUUGCUAUCCCUGCAAUAAAUUAUUUUAAUUCUGGUGCUCUGAUGCUGCAACAAUCCUCUGCUGCUUCUUGUCACGGCCACAGUCUCUGCUUGCAUUUCCAUGGGCUGUAAGGGUUGUGAGAACACUAGGUUCUAAAGACGGGGAUCUGUAUCUGUACUCCACAUUCUAUGUGAUUGAAGGCAGAGGAUGUGGGUGAGGUGCUAAAUCCUAAUACUUAGCAUCAGUAUUUACUGAGGAGGAUCAGGAGAUCUGUGUGGAGUGUGCUGAUGUGCUAAUAUAUGUUGAGGUAAAGAGGAAAGUAGUGUUGGGUUUCUUAAAGAACGUUAUGGAGGAUAAAUCCCUAAGGCUGGAAGGGAUGUACCGGGGUUAUUAAAAGAUGUGAGAUGAGAUUGCUGGGGCCUUGACCAAGAUUGUUGUGUCCGCUCUAGCCAAGGGCGAGAUCAGCUUUUGCAGGGUAUUGGGAACUGGAGCACCAGAUCAGUAAGGGAAGGUAAAUGUUGGGGAAGUAUUGAAAGGUAUGAUGGAUCGGAUUGUUUGAAAUGGGUACAUUUUAAUGCUGGGAGUAUUGUAGGUCCACAGGUCCUCCAGUUCAAGGGUUCAGCUCAGGGAUAACAACCCUGACUGGUAAAACAAAAUUAUUAUGGAAGCAGCAAUGAAAAAUCCUUCUAUAUCUGACUGCGUUGGUAUUCCUGAGUCUCCAUCCAGGACUUGCAUGGGAGUCCCUCUUGUGAGGCUAGUCCACAAGGUUAAGAUGCAUGGGGUCCGUGGCAAAUUGGCCGUUUGGAUUCAUAACAGACUUAUGUAUAGAAAAAUAGGGUAGUAAUUGAAGGGACUUAUUUGAGCUGUAGGUCUGUAAUUAGAGGUGUUCCACAGAGAUCUGUGCUGGGACCUCUGCGGUUUGUGAUGUAUAUAAGUAACGUAUGAAAAUGUAGAUGGCUGCAUUAGUAAGUUCGUGGAUGAUAACAAGAUUGGUAGAGAUAUGGAUUGUGUAGAAGACAGGCAAAGAAUACAGUGCAAUAUAGAUCAGUUGCAGAUAUGGGCUGAGAAAUGGCAGAUGGAAUUUAACUCAGAUAAAUGUGAGAUGUUUCACCUCAGUAGGGCAAAUGCAAGGAGAUAGUACACUGUUGAGGGCAAGAUCCUUAGCAGUGUUGCUGAGCAGAAAGAUCUUAGCUCCCUAAAAGUGGCCACACAGGUUGAUAAGGUGGGUAAGAAGGCUCAUGGAAUGCUUGCCUUUAUUAGUCAAGGCUUGAGUUCAAAAGUCAAAACGUUAUGUUGCAACUUUAUAAAACUCUAGUUAGGCCACAUCUGGAGUAUUGCACACGGUUCUGGUCACCCCAUUAUAUAAACAAUGUUGUGGCUUUGGAGAGGGUGCACCAGGAUGCUAUCUGGUUCAGAGUGCAGGUUGAGAGGCUAGAUAAAUUUGGAUUGUUUUCUCUGGAACAGUGGAAGCUGAGGGAAGAUCUGAUGGGGGUUUAUAAGACUGAGAAGAUAGAAUGGACGGAAAAUAUCUGUUUCCCAUGUUGAAGCAUCUAAUACCAGAGGGCAUGCAUUGAAGGCGAGAGGAGAUGAGUUCAAAGGGGAUUUGAGGGGUAAGUUUUUUUUAUUCAGAGUGGUGGAUACCUGGAAUGCAUUGCCUGGUGUGGUGGUAGAGGCACAUACAUGAGAGGAUUUAAAGAGACUUUUAGAUAUGAGGAAGAUGAGGGAUAUAAGUAAGAGGGGCUUGGGUGUUUUUGCUUUGCUUUUUAGUUGGUUUGGCAUAACAUUGUGGGCCACAUGGCCUGUUCCUGUGUGUAAUGUUCUAUGUAGUAACUUGAAUUAAUUUUUUUUGACACAGUGACGAGGGUGAUCAGGGAAGGUAGAUCUGUGGAUGUUAUCUACAUGGAUUUUAGUAAGAAGUUUGACAAGAUCCCUCAUGGGAGACUCAUUCAGAAGCACAGGAUCCACAGUAAAUUGGCCUUUUUGAUUCAGAUUUGGUUUGCCUACAGAAGUUAGAGGAUAUGAUUGAUGGGACUUAUUCUGGUUGGUGGUCUGUAUUAUGACCUCGGCUGUUUGUGAUGUGUAUGUAUACUGUAUAUAACCUGGAUGAAAGUAUAGCUGGGUGGAUUAGUAAGUUUGGAGAUGCUAUUAAGAUUGGUGGUGUGGAAAGGAACAUAUAACUCAGUAGCCACUUUAUUAGGUACAUCUGCUCAUUGAUGGAAUUAUCUAAUCUGCCAAUCAUGUUACAGCAUCUCAGCGCAUAAAAGCAUGCAGACAUGGUCAAGAGGUUCAGUUGUUGCUCAGACCAAACAUCAGAAUGGGGAAGAAAUGUGAUUUAAGUGACUUUGACAUGGAAUGAUUUUUGGUGUCAGGUGGCAUGGUUUGAGUAUCUCGGAAACUGGUGAUCUCCUGAGAUUUUCACACAAGUCUCUAGAAUUUAGAGAAUAGUGCACAAAAAAAACCCAAAAAAAAAUCCAGUGAGCAGCAAUUUUGUGAGCAAAAGCUCCUUGUUAAUGAGAGAGGUCAGAGGAGGAUGGUGGGAUUGGUUCAAAUUGUUAGGAAGGUAACAGUAACUCAAAUGACAUAUUACACGUGCUAUGCAGAAAAGCAUCUCUGAAUGCACAACACAUCAAACCUUAAGCAGAUGGGUAACAGCAGCAAAAGACCAUAAACGUACACUCACUGGCCACUUUAUAGGUAUAGGAGGUACACAAUAAAGUGGCCACUAAGAGUAGAUAUGGGUGGGGAAAGGCCAAUGGAGCUUCAUCUGCCAAAUGUGACAUGUUGCACUUCAGGAGAUGUAACGUAAAGGGGCAGUACACAGUUUGCUAUAAACUUCAUCACAAGCCCAUCAGUUCCACUAACCAAAUCAUUGAUAAUAGUUCCAUGUGAGCAGCACUUACAGCGUGGCAUUGAGUUUACAUUGCUAGCGAUCAACUAGAGUUCAAGAAAAGCAACUAUGAUCUGUGCAAAGCUAUCAAGGCUGUGAAACAACAUAGGGAGAAGAUUGAAUCAAGAUUCACAACGAAUAGCACAUGACUCGUGGCGAGGGCUGCAUACCAUCACAGACUUCAAAGCCAAACGUUGUGGUGCCGCCAACAUCGUGGCCUCUCCCAGAUGAGCUCAAUCAUUUUUAUGCUCUGUUCGAUAUCACUAACUCUGAGCCUCCGAGGAAACCCGGUCAUCUCUGAUGUUUCCAACGAGUGGACAGUUGCAGGGUUGUGGGACCAGAUGGCAUCCCAGAGCAAGUACUCAGGAUGUGCGCAGCACAACUUGCAGGUGUGUUUACUUAUAUUUUUAUUCUCUCUCUCUCUCUCACAGUGUAGAGUGUCCUCCUGCUUCCAAUUAUCCACCAUUGUCCCUGUACCAUAAAAGACCAAGGUCACAUCCCUGAACAACUGGCGUCCUGUCGCACUCACCUCAAUAAUAAGCAAAUACUUUGAGGCUGGUCAAGGAUUACAUCUGCAGCUUGCUACCACCCAGUCUGGAACCCCCUGCAAUUUGCCUACUGACACAACCGAUGGACAGAUGACGCAAUAGCCACUGCUCUGUAUACUGUCCUUACACUUCUGGAGAAGGUUGCUUAUGUGAGAAUGCUGUUCUUGGACUACAGUCCAGCAUUCAACACCAUAGUUCUAUCCAGGCUCGACAAGAAGCUCAGAGACCUCAGCCUUGAUCCUGCCUUGUGCAGCUGGAUCCUAGACUUCCUGUCAGAUCGUCAGCAGGUUGUAAGAGCGGGCUCUCUCACCUCUAGCCCUCUGACUCUCAAUACAGGAGCACCUCAGGGCUGUGUACUGAGUCCCCUCCUUUACUCCCUGUAUACCCAUGACUAUAUAGCCACCCACAGCUCCAAUCUGCUAAUUUGCCAACAACACUACAUUGAUUGGCCUUAACUGAAACACUAACAAGGUGGCCUACAGGGAAGAAGUCAUCUUUCUGACACAAUAACAUCAAAAAAAAACCUUUCCCUCAAUGUCGCAAGAAGAAAGGAGCUGUUUGGGGAUUACAGGAGGAAUGGAGAUGGGCUAACCCCUAUUGACAUCAAUGGAUCUGGGGUCGAGAGGGUAAACAGCUUCAAGUUCCUCGGCAUGGUCUGCACACACCAGCCGUGUGGUGAAAAAGGCACAAGAGCAUUUCUUUCACCUCAGACGGUUGAGGAAGUUUGAUAUGGGCCCCCAAAUACUAAGAACUUUCUACAGGGGCACAAUUGAGAGCAUCCUGACUGGCUCCAUCACUGAUUGGUAUGGGAACUCCCUCAAUCGCAGGACUCUGCAGAGAGUGGUGUGGACAGCCCAGCGCAUCUAUAGUUGUGAACUUCCCAUGAUUCAGGACAUUUACAAAGACGGUUUGUAAAAGGGGCCUGUAGGAUCACUGGGGACCCAAGAAUCCCAACCACAAUCUAUUUCAGCUGCUACCAUUCGGGAAGCAUUACCGCAGUAUAAAAGCCAGGACCAACAGGCUGCAGGACAGCUUCUUCCACCAGGCCAUAAGACUGCUUAAUUCAUGUUGACACAACUGUGUUUCUGUUAUAUUGACUACCUUGUUGUACAUACUAUUUAUUAUAAAUUACUAUAAAUUGCACAUUUAGACAGAUAUGUAACAAAAAUUUUUACUUCUCAUGUAUGUGAAGGAUGUAAGUAAUAAAGAUUAACUCACGCUG